AUGUUUUUUCCUCCCCGCCUCUCGGAUGGUCCUGAUAAAUGGGAAUGGAUCCUUAAUGGGUCAAAGGUUUUCUUAGUGUCUGAUAUUAAAUCACACUUGGCCAACCACAGGUUCUCACAUUCUGGGUAUGUGUUCAAAUGGAAUAAUUGGGUUCCCCGCAAGGUUAGUAUUCUAUCAUGGAGGGCUCCUCUUGAUCGCAUUCUUGUAUGUACCGCAUUAACUAGAAGAAACAUUACCGUGGCCUCAAUCUCGUGUCCAAUAUGUGGUUUUGGGGAGGAAUCAGUGGAUCAUAUAUUCAUUGACUGUGGAUUUGCCCAUUCUAUUUGGGCGGCUAUAUCCCAAUGGUGUAAUAUUCCCCCAAUAUUUGCGUUUAGUUUCAAAGAUUUGUUAGACAUCCAUGUCUACAUGAGGGGCUCGGUUUCACUUAAAAAGGCAUUUUAUGGGGUUGUUCUAGUAGCUAUUUGGUGUAUUUGGCGCGUAACGACGUAG